GGAUGCCAGCAAUAUUGUUAUUGUCUCGGUGAGACAUGUGAUCCACAAACAGGAAUUUGUCCUGACAGCAGGUGUCAGCUAGGGUGGAACGGCUCAGCAUGUAAUCAGACUUGCGGUCCCCGAACCUUUGGAAACAAUUGUGUAGAGACUUGUCAUUGCCGGCAGGGAUCAUGUCAUCCUGCUAAUGGAACUUGCCUUUAUGAAGGAUGUCUGCCAGGAUGGCAAACAGAAUCAUGCAGCGAGGAAUGCGACAAAGGCAGAUUCGGCCAUGAAUGUAGCGUUACUUGUGGUGCCUGUAGGGACAAUGUUCCGUGUGAUCACGUGACCGGUAUAUGUCCUAAUGGUUGCGCAGAUGGAUGGACCAAGCCCUCUUGCAAUGAAACAUGUCCAACCGGAACAUUUGGAUUCAACUGUACCAGGAAAUGCUUUUGUAAGAAUGGAACGUGUGAUCCUGCAAGUGGUUCCUGUCCAGACAGUGACUGUGAUAAAGGGUGGCGUAGUCCGACAUGUAGCUUACAAUGUGAGGCUGGGUUCUAUGGCUACAAUUGUGAGAAGGCAUGUCAAUGUCGGAUAGGAUCUUGUAACCGGACGACAGGACUAUGUCCUCCGGGUGGCUGUAAAGACGGAUGGCAGACCGACACGUGUAGCGAGAAAUGUGAUAGAGGUUCUUACGGGACUAACUGCUCUGGCACGUGUGGAAACUGUACAGAUAAUGGGAGCUGUCACCCCAUCAACGGCCAUUGUACCCAGGGAUGUGAUCCUGGUUUCCAUGGAGAGCAAUGUCACAAAGAAUGCGAUGAUUUUUCAUAUGGAAGCAACUGUCAAAGUAAGUGUAAUGGCUGCCAUCUAGGGAAGUGUCAACAUGUCCACGGGGCCUGUCUGAGAGGAUGCAUAUCCGGUAUGUCUGGCGAGCUGUGUGACAAACACGUUACGGAAGACGACAGUAUGAUGAUGACCACCAUUGGAGCUGUAUUGGGUAUUUUAUUCCUUUUUAUCACAGUGGGUUUGAUUGUAGCAAUACUUUUGCACUACAGAAAAAGGACUCGGUCAGCUGAACGGUCUGUAGAAUUUCACAGAACUGAUGACGCAGUAUACUGUAACAUAGCAUCACCGACAGAGGAAAAUUUGAAUGAGGACGAAACAAAAAUGCUGCGUAAUGGCGAUAUCAAACACGAAAAUGAUAAAGCAAUAUACGAAGUAAUCAAUGACGAAGAAAACAUAUAUAAAAAUAUCGAUGACGAGAUUUCCGUGAGGAGUAUGGCGUCAAAUUUGAGCAAAGACCAGGACGAAACCGAUGAAGAUAUUUCAGACAAUUUGGACCAAUCCGACAAUUUAUACACGAACUACGCAGUUAAUUCUGGAACGCAAAUAAAUGUUUCCAAGUUAACUGAGACCAUAGCGUUCAAGAAAGAGUCGGGAGCGUUCGUUGACGAAUACAGCAAACUUCCCAAAGGACUCCAGCAUCCACAUGAAAGCGGAAAGGGCCCCGAAAAGAAAGUAAAAAAUCGGUUUAAGGACAUGUUUCCUUAUGACCAUUCUCGUGUUGUUCUAAACACAUUACCUGGCGUGGAUAAUUCUGACUACAUCAAUGGAAACUACAUAAAUUCUGUAAGCGAGGAGCGACAGUACAUAGGUACACAAGGUCCAAAGGAAGCCACCGUAUGGGAUUUCUGGAGAAUGAUUUGGGAACAGAACUCAGGGAAAAUUGUGAUGAUAACAAACAUCAAAGAAGGGAAAAAGGUGAAAUGCCAUCGGUAUUGGCCUCCUCUCGGUGGAAUGAUGUCGAAUGAUCAGCUAUCAGUAGUUCUCACAGACGAAAAGCAAUACCUAGCUUUUGUGUCUAGGACAUUGUCCGUAAUUGAUAAAAACACCGAGGAAAAACGCAAAGUGUAUCAAUUCCACUUUAUCACCUGGCCAGAUCAUGGAGUUCCGAAUCCGUUCCAGUUAGCACAGUUUCAAAGAUCAGUAGAAAAACAAAAGACAAACCUACCCGGACCGCUAGUUGUGCAUUGCAGCGCUGGGAUAGGGAGGACCGGUACUUAUAUAGGCCUGGACUCUCUCCGGAAACAUGCACAGACAUCCCCGACAAUAGACGUUUACCUGUAUACUCUGAAGAUGCGCGAAAACAGACUGAAUAUGAUUCAGACAGAGGAACAGUACAUAGCCCUACACGAUGCAUUAGAUGUCAGUUUGACAUUCCCAGACACAUCUGUUCUUAAGAGUGAAUUUGGAGAAAUGGGACAAGGAGUUCGCAACAAUCGCAUACAAGACGAAUUUGAAGCACUCUGCAAAAUUAAACCAACUUUUGUUGCAAAGGACUUUUCGAUAGCACUUUCAGAUGAAAACGUAUGGAAAAACAGGUCAAAGGAUUUCAUACCAGCCAACCGCUUUCGGGUGCGGUUAAAAACGCCUUUGGAAGGAAGAAAAGAUUAUAUCAACGCAGUUUACCUCCCUUCUUGUUCCAGGUCCUGCGGCUUCCAGACAACACAAUUACCAUUGGCUGAUACUGUUCCGGAUUUUUGGACGAUGGUUUAUGACAACAACUCUCAGAUCGUUGUUUUACUCGACAGAGAAGAGACAGACGCUCAGUUUCUCCCUACGGCCGACGAGCCAGUUCUUGAAAUAGUCGGCUUUACCGUCAGUAUAGUCGACACUAAUGAGACAAUGGAGGAGGCGGAAGAAAUCCAAGUAUACAUUCAAAAACAGGAUCAAAAGAGAAAGUUAGUGAAAGUUUUGAAAGCACCAAUAAGCAGCGACCAUACCGAUCACAUAGCCACUCAUAAGCUGGUCAAUGCUGUGACGUCAACGAUUCGCCUGGGAAUGUCACACAAGGAUACUAUCUUUACAGUUGUUUGCAGUGAUGGAAAAACAAACUGUGCCCCGUUCUGUUUACUGAAAGCAGUCAUUGAAAGGAUGGACCUAGACGGCACUAUUGACAUAUUCAACGCCGCCAGGGAAAUCCAAAAUAGACAACCACACGCCUUCAAUACCUUGGGGGAUAUCCGAAUUGCAUACCAAGCAUUGGAGGAAUACAUACAUUCAACGUCUAUCUAUUCGAACGAAUAAUUGAAGUUCCAAAAUGCAUAAGCAGGCGACGCUGACAAUAGUUGUUCAUGAAAGCAGCUAUAACUGUAGACUGCGUACGAUGGUGGCCUGACAAUAGGUAUAUCUAGUAGUCACCAUGGAAUAAGCACCACGAUGCCAGCAUCAAUCCAACUUGGUUCGCAGCUUGAUGAUGCCGAAAUAAUAUCAUAUAGUCUUCUUGCUGCAACAACUAUCCUCCGUGACCAAGCAGUAACUUAUCCCAGAGUUAUUGCGGUUUGAUACUAAAGCUCUUAGCGGUCAACUCGAUACCAGUCUCCAAGGCAGUCACAGUUCCAUGCUGGUCUUCAAAGCAGUCCCAGUUCCAUGCUGGUCUCCAAGGCAGUCCCAGUUCCAUGCUGGUCUCCAAGGCAGUCACAGUUCCAUGCUGGUCUCCAAGGCAGUCCCAGUUCCAUGCUGGUCUCCAAGGCAGUCACAGUUCCAUGCUGGUCUUCAAAGCGGUGACAGUUCCAUACUGGUCUUCAAGGUGAUGACAGUUCCUUACCGGUCUAAAAAGACAAUCACAGUUCCAUGCUAGUCCUCAAGGCGGCCACUUUCCCAUACAAUCCCUCAUGGCGGCCAUUGGUCCUUACUAGUCCUCAAAGGCUGUCAUAGUUCCAAACUAGUCCUCAAAGCCCGCCACAUUGUCAUACCAAUCCUCAAAUGCGUUCAUAGUUCCAUACUACCCCUCAAGGUGUCAAUAGUCCCAUAUUAGCUUUCAAAGUGGUCACAGUUGCAUGCUGGUCUUCAAGGCGGCCACAGUUCCAUACUCCACAGUUUCAUACUAGUCCUCAAGGCGGCCACAGUUCCAUACUAGCCAUCAAGGCGGCCACAGUUCUAUACUAGUCUUCAAGGCGGCCACAGUUCCAUACUAGUCCUCAAGGUGGCCACAGUUCCAUACUGGUCCUCAAGGCGGCCACAGUUCCAUUCUAGUCCUAAAGGCGGCCACAGUUCUUUACUAGUCCUCAAGGCGGCCACAGUUCCAUUCUAGUCCUCAAGGCGGCCACAGUUCUAUACUAGUCUUCAAGGCGGCCACAGUUCCAUUCUGGUCCUCAAGGCGGCCACAGUUCCAUUCUAGUCCUCAAGGCGGCCACAGUUCUAUACUAGUCUUCAAGGCGGCCACAGUUCCAUACUGGUCCUCAAGGUGGCCACAGUUCCAUACUGGUCCUCAAGGCGGCCACAGUUCCAUUCUAGUCCUCAAGGCGGCCACAGUUCCAUUCUAGUCCUCAAGGCGGCCACAGUUUCAUACUAGUCCUCAAGGCGGCCACAGUUCCAUUCUGGUCCUCAAGGCGGCCACAGUUCUAUACUAGUCUUCAAGGCGGCCACAGUUCUAUACUAGUCUUCAAGGCGGCCACAGUUCCAUACUGGUCCUCAAGGCGGCCACAGUUCCAUACUGGUCCUCAAGGCGGCCACAGUUCUAUACUAGUCUUCAAGGCGGCCACAGUUCCAUACUGGUCCUCAAGGUGGCCACAGUUCCAUACUGGUCCUCAAGGCGGCCACAGUUCCAUUCUAGUCCUAAAGGCGGCCACGGUUCAAUGGUAGUCCUAAAGGCGGCCACGGUUCCAUAGUUGUCCUAAAGGCGGCCAUGGUUCCAUAGUUGUCCUAAAUGCGGCUGCAAUUACCUAAUGCGCCAUAGUUCCAUACUUGAUGGUUCAAUACUAGACCGCAAAACAGUGUAGUUCAAUAGUUACACGCCUUAAAGGCGGUCACAGCUAACAACUUGUGUAAAAGGCUGCCACAUGAUUGUUUUAUGAUCUGUACAUAAUGUGUUUGUUCAAAUAGACAUUUACGCAUCUGUUGUUAUUGUAUAUGUAGAAUAUUGAUAUGUAAAAAAGACAAUUGUAUCGUUAUGAUUUUAAUUAAUUCAUCUGAUAAAAUAUUUUAACAGAUAAGAUAAUUAUUUUAAUCAUUAUCAGGAUUUAUCAAAUCUAUAUUUAUCAGAACUGCCAAACCAUGUAACGUAUAAAUAUAUCAUAGAGUUGGUGUAGGAAGUCGCGAAAGAUAAAUUCCAGUAAUUGGAAAACGCCACGAUACAUCAAAGAAGUCAAAUAAGACUUAUAUCGAUGUCAUCCAGUGAUUCCAGUGAUUUACUUCAUAAUGUGACUCAAUCUCGCGACCAAUUAGUUAAUUAGUUACUUACUUACACUGUGAUAUCCACAAGUAGAUUCUAGUGAUAGUAGCAUUGUUAAUUUAAACAAUGAGGACAUUAAGUGAUGGUUUCCGGAUGAUCGAUAUUGUGGCAAGAUGGAGGCGAAAGGCAUAGCAGAAUGAAUAAGACACGUAUUGUGUGGUUGAUGAUGUUAAUGAUAAUAAAUAGGCGAGUCGGUGUAGCCAGAAAAAGUAAGGAAGUAUUCAGAAACGUUAUUGAAUCCUUUCCUAUUUAUGAGAAUUUAAAAGUACAUCACGGUAAACCAAUUUUUAUUUUGUAUUUUUUCAUAUUAUUGGGUAUAUCUUGAGAAAAAAAAAAUAACCUUAUGAACAAUAACCAUUCGAAUUUGAUGAUAUAUGUACAUAAAAAACAUAAAUUAUUAAUUAUAAAAAGGUUAUCACAAUUCGUUGAUCAAUGGACACACUGUAUGCAUAAUUAUGUUUUGAACGUGAUGAUAUUACGAGUAUUUUGAUUCUGCUCUGUACAAAUGUCUUCCAUUUUCUUACUUUAACAAUAAAUAUACAUGUAAUUGUGUUUGAGAGGGCUUUAUAUAAGCUUAACAACUUGAGCCGAAUCCUUUUGUUCCGAUAAAAUAUGUUUAAACUUAACCUGAUUAUGUUAGGCAUCAUGAUUUAGAAUAGCUUAGGAAUGAGUCGGGAAGGGAAAACAUGGUUGUUUACAGGAAGCGAGAAUCGGAAGUGACGUAGAACGCAAGUCGUCGUAUGCAACAAUUUUCUAUUUUAGAAUAAGAGGUAUUUAUGAGUUAAGCAUGUCUUUGCCAUGUGUGUGCAUCUAAAGAACAGUUGUACAUUGUGUACUCAAUAUUUUCCACGAAAAGUCCUGCACGGAAUAAGCGCACGUGGUUGCUAUAGUAAUCCAGGGACGCUCCAGCAUAAUUCGAAUGUUUUUGUUUUGACUUCUAUAGCUGGAUGUAGGUCAUGUGAUGUCACUCUGUGUAUUUCCUGCCAGGGAUGAUAAAGGAUUUUCCUCAUUUCUCAAUGCGGCUGUCUUGUCUUAUAUGUAACAGAUAAUUAUUUUUUUAGAAUUUUUUAAGCAGGCUGAACUUUUUAUCCACUUUAGGGGGAGGCUACGGGAAUAAGGUUUCCAGAUUUUUUUUUUUUAUUGAGGUUUCAAAAAUGUAGUUGUUAAGGGAAUUCACUUGAUAUGGCUAUUCCUUUGAAAAGAUUAAAAUACAAUGCAUUUUGAAGAAAAAAAAUUAAAUCGUACGGCAGUGUAUGUAUUUUUGGGAUUUCAAAAACUGGGGCUAGCUGGGGGUACGGCCAGAUAAGGUUAUGCAAUCGUCUUAUUUUAUUUGUUGUUUGUUCAAGUCUUUCAUUGUAAAUAUACAUCAAAUUAAUUAGAAGUUUGAGUGUGGUGAGAGAUUUCGAGAGAAUACAUGUGCGGAUAUGCUAGAAUCAAUAUAGGAUUUUUAUGUCAUUGUUACGGUUUUAAAUAUCUAAAAAAUAAAUUAUUUAACUUGAAGAA